AUGUCUGAAUCGGGGGAGAUAAGUGAGUUUGGCUACAUCAUGGAAUUGCUAGCCAGAGGCAAGGUUACCAUUAAGAAUAUCGAAAGAGAGCUCAUUUGCCCGGCAUGCAAGGAGCUGUUUACCCACCCAUUGAUUCUCCCUUGCCAACACAGUAUUUGUCAUAAAUGUGUAAAAGAACUGUUACUGAUGCUUGAUGAUUCAUUCAAUGACGUGGGAUCAGACAACUCCAAUCAGGGCAGUCCUCGACUUCGGCUUCCCUCCCCUAGCGUGGAUAAAAUUGACAGAAUUAGCAGACCAGGCUGGAAGCGCAAUUCAUUGACUCCCAGGACAACUACUUUUCCUUGCCCUGGCUGUCAACAUGAUGUGGAUCUUGGAGAACGGGGAAUCAAUGGUCUGUUUCGAAAUUUCACUUUGGAAACUAUUGUGGAAAGAUAUCGGCAGGCAGCCAGGGCGGCCACAGCCAUUAUGUGUGACCUUUGUAAACCACCAGCUCAAGAAUCCACAAAAAGUUGCAUGGACUGUAGUGCAAGCUACUGCAACGAGUGCUUCAAAAUUUAUCAUCCUUGGGGUACUGUAAAAGCUCAGCAUGAGUACGUGGGCCCAACUACGAAUUUUAGACCCAAGAUUUUAAUGUGCCCAGAACAUGAAACGGAGAGAAUAAACAUGUACUGUGAAUUGUGUAGGAGGCCAGUUUGUCAUCUCUGCAAGUUGGGUGGUAAUCAUUCCAAUCACCGUGUAACCACUAUGAGCAGUGCCUACAAAACCUUAAAGGAAAAGCUUUCAAAAGAUAUUGAUUACCUUAUUGGCAAGGAGAGCCAGGUGAAGAGUCAAAUUUCUGAACUAAACUUGUUAAUGAAAGAAACUGAGUGUAAUGGAGAGCGGGCUAAAGAAGAAGCAGUUACACAUUUUGAAAAGCUCUUUGAAAUCCUAGAAGAGCGGAAAUCAUCUGUUUUGAAGGCAAUUGAUACAUCUAAGAAACUAAGAUUAGACAAAUUUCAGACUCAAAUGGAAGAGUAUCAGGGGCUGCUAGAGAACAACGGACUCGUGGGAUACGCUCAAGAAGUGCUGAAGGAGACUGAUCAGUCUUGCUUUGUUCAGACUGCGAAACAGCUCCACCUCAGAAUACAGAAAGCUACAGAAUCUUUGAAGAGCUUUAGACCUGCGGCUCAGACUUCUUUUGAAGACUAUGUUGUUAAUACAUCUAAACAAACAGAACUUCUUGGAGAAUUGUCCUUUUUCUCUAGCGGCGUAGAUGUGCCAGAGAUCAAUGAGGAACAGAGCAAAGUUUAUAAUAAUGCUUUGAUAAAUUGGCACCAUCCUGAAAAGGAUAAAGCUGAUAGCUAUGUCCUCGAAUACCGGAAGAUUAAUAAAGAUGAAGAAAUGUUGUCUUGGAAUGAGAUAGAAGUGUGUGGCACAAGUAAAGUUAUUUCUGAUCUUGAGAGUAAUUGUAACUAUGCUUUCCGAGUGAGAGCCUACAAGGGUUCAAUCUGCAGUCCUUGCAGCAGGGAAUUGAUUCUUCAUACUCCUCCAGCUCCAGUUUUCAAUUUCCUUUUUGAUGAAAAAUGUGGCUAUAAUAAUGAACACCUCUUGCUGAACUUGAAGAGAGACCGUGUAGAGAGCAGAGCUGGAUUUAAUCUUCUGCUUGCUGCGGAGCGGAUCCAAGUGGGUUAUUACACAAGCUUAGACUACAUCAUUGGAGAUGUUGGAAUUACAAAAGGGAAACACUUUUGGGCCUUCCGUGUGGAACCAUAUUCAUACCUGGUAAAAGCGGGGGUUGCUUCCAGUGAUAAACUACAAGAAUGGCUCCGGUCUCCCCGGGAUGCAGUUAGUCCAAGAUACGAGCAAGACAGUGGGCAUGACAGCGGAAGUGAGGAUACCUGUUAUGAUUCUUCACAACCCUUUACCUUAGUUACUAUAGGCAUGAAGAAAUUUUUUAUUCCCAAGUCACCUACUUCUAACGAACCUGAAAAUAGAGUUCUCCCCAUGCCAACAAGUAUAGGGAUUUUCCUCGACUAUGAUAAAGGCAAAGUGAGUUUCUAUGAUACGGAUCACAUGAAAUGCCUUUAUGAGCGCCAAGUGGACUGUUCGCAUACCAUGUAUCCAGCGUUUGCAUUAAUGGGCAGUGGAGGAAUUCAGCUUGAAGAACCCAUCAUGGCAAAAUACCGAGAAUACCAAGAGAACGUGUAGUUGAAGCAUCCGAUGUGACUUAGGAUAAAACAUGUGAGCAAAGUAAUGCCGUGGUGUUAACCUUUGUAACUAAUUACAUAUCAUCUAAGUAUUCUACCACCACACUUGUUUUUUGUGUAUGUUUCUUCUCAAAACACAGAAAACCUAAACAGCCUUUCUGCCUUUCGCAAAUGCCGGGAAGAAGAUACUCUUUCCUAGAUAACACUGAAGUGGUUAACUGGGUUAUCUUUCUAUGCACGGGAAAUCUAAUUUAUUUAUGUCAGCUUGUGUUGCUGAGUCUUACAUUCCUUGUUUUGGGGUGGGGGGAAGGGCUGCAAAAGUAUUUAUUAAGCUUCUUUGUGUUUGGUGUUUUCAUUUUUACAUCAUGUUUAUGUCCUAAGAGAAGAUAUUUUUUCAAUGCCUUAUGGAUAGAAAUUAGUACUAAGCAUUGUGUCGUGCAUUUGUUUUUAGUAGGAAAACAAAGGUAUAGAUAAGUAGAAAGAAGAAGGCCAUAGAAAUGGUAGCAUAUUUAAAUGGAAAAUUAUGUAUUUAAUAUUAAGAAUAUAUUGCCUGGAAAGUGAAUACUACUGGGUUUUUUUAAAGACAACAAACUGUAUUCUUAAGGACACUUUUAAGAGUUCUCUUAGCUGUAAUGCCUAUACCUGCAUGUUUAGGAAACAUGAUUUCUUGCAGGAAACACAAAAUUCUUGGCUACCACCUGAAGCUUUUCACUUCAUAUAAUUUUUUGGGAAAAUUUUUUUCUUCAAAUUUUGUUUUAGUUACUUUAUGAAAAUAUUUGAUCUUACAGCAAAUAAUUAUUUUUCACAAAUAUUAGUGAAGGUACACUGAUAAUUGUCAUAUUCUUUUGCUUUCUUUUUGUGUUUUGUAAUUGUCAUUUUGGGGCGCAAAUGUUAUAUAUCAGAUUGUCCUGGUUUAUGUUUACAUGUUUGAAAAGUUCAUGAUAUAUUUUUAGUGUUAUUAAACAUAUUAUAAGAUGUGAAGUAACUAUCUGGUCACUUUGUAAGGCAUUUUCUAUGGCUCAUUGGUAAUAAGCAUUUAUAAUAGAAGCAAGUAAAAAGUACAAAUUUAAUUGUUUGGGAAUAAUAAUUAAAAUCAUAGCGACUGUGUGUACCCUUUUUAAAAGUUAAAAGUUCUUUGAAUUUGAAGAAUUACAGUUUAUCUAAAUUUUAUCUUCAUUUUUGAAAGAUAUUUUUUCUUGGAUGAUUUUAUUUAAACUGGUUAGUUUUUUUAGAGUAGUCAGAAACUAGACUGUUAGGCAUUUAGCAUUAAUUAUUUUGGAAUUCUUUGACCAUGUUUUAACUGAUUAACCAAAACUCUUAGCUUUUUUUUUUUUUUCUUUUCUUUUUGGUUAUAUAUAUAUAAAUGGAAAUCUGUUAUUCAGGUUGGUAGCACUAAAUUAGCUUCCUUUCCCCCUGACCCAGGUAGGAAAUAUCAUGGAGAAUUUUAGUGUUUAGUAAGCUUUGUUCCUUUCGCACCUAUGAAUAGCACUUUAUGACACAGGCUGAACUAAACAAAUAUGCAGUGUUACGUGGAUCAUUGUGCAAUAAAGCUGCUUAAGUCACAUGUGUGGUAAAGUUUGAUAGUCUCAAGCCUGUGAAGCACAUAUCAUGUAGACAUUUUAAAUAUAAAGCUUUAAUAGGAACAGGAAAGCUGCUUAAAAUGUUGUAUAGUUGCAUAUAAAUUGUUCUCUUGGACUUCUUUCAUUUUUAAUAAAAAUUAAAAGUAAGUCAAGUGU